AUGUCUGCACGCAAAAAGAAUCGUAUCCAUGUUUUCUUUGUUUCAAUAAUGAUUAUAAUAUCAUUGGUCAGCGGAUUUGGAGAAGGAAUAAAACAGAUAAACUAUAAAGAUUUGAUAAAAGACACAAUUCCAGGUUGCACUAGUAAGAACCCUAAAGAAUGCGUCAAAGUUCCAGCCAACACUUACCAUCGUGGUUGUGAAAUUUCUACACGUUGUCAUCGUGAACAGCAUUCGAGUUCGGGUUAA